AUGACGUUCAUCGCCAAGACCUUUUAUGACUUGAGGGCCACCACGCUCGAGGGAGACUCUGUAGAUUUCAAUGUGUUCAGGGGCCGGGUAGUCCUGAUCGAGAAUGUGGCCUCACUCUGAGGCACCACCACCCGGGACUUCAGCGAGCUUAACCUGCUUCAGAGCAAGUACCCUCACAGGCUGGUGGUCCUGGGUUUUCCCUGUAACCAGUUUGGAUAUCAGGUAAGAUAGGGGCAAGAAAACUCAUAAAUGGCUUUAUAUGCUGAUGAUGUUUUAUUACAAAUGUAGAAUAUGCUAUUUUAGCACAGCUUUGAAUACUUGAAUGAAACAUUUUUCCAGAGCUACACAUGAUCCUCCCCAAAAGAUGUUUCAAAGACAAUACCGUUUCAUUACAUCAUGCUUUUUAAACAUGAUUUUAAGCUUUCUCCCUUUAUCCCAGCCUCUGAAAAAGAAGCCUUGUCUAAUUAAAUUUACCACAAAGCAAUUGAAAAAGCAGCUCGAUUGCAGAGUUUGUACAUUGUAGCUGUUAUUUUGGCUGUGAUGCUGCAAUUAAGUUUGAAAUAUCUGCCUGACACUCUUAUGGAGGGUGAUACUGUUUGCUGCAUUGCAAUCAGCAUAAUUAUUGGUUUGACAGAAAUAAGAGACAGACUAUGAGUUUUAUAGGCAUAUUGAUGUGGAGUAGAAAUUCAAAUGUAAAUGAAUGCUUCUGUUUCUGUAGGAGAACUGCAGCAAUGGUGAGAUCCUGAAUUCCCUGCAGUAUGUGCGUCCAGGUGGCGGCUAUCAGCCCAACUUUACCAUCUUUGAGAAGUGUGAUGUCAACGGCACAAGCACACACCCAGUGUUUGCAUAUCUCAAAGACAAGCUCCCCUAUCCUGAUGAUGAUCCAAGCUCCCUCAUGCAGGACCCCAAGUUUCUUGUUUGGAGUCCCAUCUGUCGCACGGAUGUCUCAUGGAACUUUGAGAAAUUCCUCAUCGGACCAGAGGGCGAGCCCUUUAAAAGAUACAGCAAGAAGUUCCCCACCAUUGACAUCGAGCCUGACAUUCAAAGACUGCUGAGAUUAACAAAGACCUAA